AUAUAGAUUAGAUGUAGUCUAUUUACCUCUAAGUACGAGCAUGUAACUUACUAAGGUAUUCCACGAAGUCUCUGGGGCGAUUGUCGAUUAUCAGUUUUUGAUAACGUUUGAAUCGUCAUCUUUGUCGCAAUAGAUAUCAAUAAUUCCACGUAUUAUUUACGUUCAGUGCUCGUUGAGUUUUUGUUUUGUACACAUGAGCAAUAUUGUGAAAAUGUUGAGGUUCAACCUUGAUAAGUGACUGAGUUUCAAGCCAAAAGUUUGUUAUAUAAUGCGUAAAAUAAAUUGAAAAAAACGUCAAUGAGUGAGGUGCAGGUAGUGGUUUCAAGGACACCGCAGCCUCCGGCGAGUGGUCCAACAAUGAUCACAUAGGCGCUUAGAAGCCGGCAGCAUUUACGCGCCGUCGUCGACCUAUAUCGCACGUUCUGUAUUCCUUCGCAAAAUAAACAAUGUAUAUCCGCGACGACCGACGCUCACCACCUGUUAUAACCUUAUUUAUUUAUUAAAACUACAUAGUUGUGUUUUGUUUAAAAAUGCGGCCGGAGAUUUUCCUAUUCGCAUUUGUGAAAGUUGCAGCGCUCGUCUAUGCUGCGGGGCAUUUUAGUGAAAAUCAGACGAAAGUUUUUCGAAAAUGUUGUCUUAGAAACCAAAGUCUUAUUAGAGUGAUAGAAGGAAGUGAACAAUAUGAAUGUGUAGAUAGUAAGUUUUUGGAGAAAACUUUUCAAAUUACCAGUGAGAAUUUUUACGUCGACCAAAAUGUUGUUAUUAGAGAUGGUCUUCCAAAUGGAUGCGAUGAACUUAAAGCGUCACAAACACAUAAUACUGUGAUUGAACUGCAACCGUGGGAUAAUAUCUGUUAUGACAAAAUGGUUGCUGAGAUCUUCAACGGCAGUUUAAAAUCAAACAUUCCUAAAACAGUUUCUUUAACCUGUAACAUUAACAAGACGGAAAACGUUAGGGAAUCUAGCCUACGAAUUAAUCAAAUUCGCAAGUGUUGUCCACGGGGAAAAAGUUUGGAUGUAGAAUAUCAUGAGUGUCGAGCUGAGCAUGAUCAGAAAAUUUAUAGAGAUUGGUGGAAAGAAAAAUUGGUUUCGAACAAAGACGUUAUAUAUGAUAUAGAGUAUGGACUCUCUUGUAAAAGUGACGAAUUUGCUGUCCAGUUACAUGAAAAUUUAUUUUCACUAUCAGAGGAACGAAGCAAUUUACUGGUAUCUAAUAAUAAUGGAGAACUAAUUGAAAAACUAAUGCCAGGAGAGUGGUGCAUGGAUAAAGCGUACGGGGAAGGCAAAUUAAUAGCUCAAGUUUGUACGCGAAAUUGUGAAAAAUUCAGUGCUUAUUGUGUAAGAAAAUGCUGCCCGCCUGGGCAGCAUUACAAAGUCCGGCAUUGUGGUACGUUAGCCAGUUACUGUAUACCCAAUGAAGAUAUAAAAGGUUCUUUUAACAUUUCCUCAUAUUUGGAUCCGGUACGAGAAUAUAACGAACACCUCCUCGAUGUCACGGGUAUACGCAUCGAUCUGCAAUGUCAAUAUUUAAAAUUUGCCCUAAACAAGUCAACGGCUCAAGAUCAGCAUUGGUUAACCAGUGAUUAUUUCUUGGAGACACCCACGUUACGCACGAAAGAAUAUUGCAUGGAGAUUUUUGAUCGACGAGAUUGUCCGGAAAAGGAUGUUGUCGCCACCAGCGUACUUUGUUUUCAGCCAGCGUUAACACCUGUUAAGGACUUCCGCGUUUCAUUCAUAGUGAUCACCAUCUCAUGUGUGUGUCUGACUCUUACGUUGAUCGUCUACUGCUCUUUGUCUGAACUGAGGAACCUCCACGGACGCACUUUAAUAUGCCACGUGAGCAUGAUGCUGCUGGCCUGCGGUUGUCUAGCGAGAGUGCAGCAUAGUCACAUCAAGGACAAACGUAUCUGUAUAAUGUUUGGCUACAGCAUAUACUUCGGCUUCGUGGCAGCAUUUGCUUGGCUCAACGUCAUGUGCUUCGACAUCUGGUGGACAUUUGGGAGUAUCCGUACGGUGAAACCGCUCCGCAAGUCUGGUUCCGACAGGCGCAGAUUCAUUUGGUAUUCAGUUUAUGCUUGGGGUUACACUGUGGUCUUUACUGUUGUAAUGUUCCUUUUGGACGAGUAUCCUGUAUCGGAUUUAUUGGAUGCUAACAUAGGUACAGGAGCUUGUUGGUUUGCAGGAAAACAAAAUUCAGGUGGAGAUUGGCCACAUUAUAUAUUUUUUGUGAUACCAAUGGGUAUAGUGACAUGCAUUAACUUCAUCCUCUGGCUUCUCACGGCUCGUCAUUGUGCACAAGUUAAGUCCGAGGUUCAUCGUAUGCAGGCCGGGUCGGUUGGUGAGCGUGCCAAACGGACAUUCAGGGUCGAUAGAGCAAAGUAUGUCCUAACGGGAAAGCUUUGGAUAGUGAUGGGUGCCGGAUGGGUGUCAGAACUUCUUUCCACCAUAGUGACGGAACCUCAAUGGCUUUGGAAUAUCGUUGACCUUAUGAAUGAACUACAAGGAGUUUUCAUAUUCCUCAUUCUGGUGGCUAAGCCCAAGGUGUACCUGCUAAUCAAAAAGCGGCUUGGUUUAUCACCGACUCCAAUAGACACAAGGUUAGAGAAGCCGGAUGCGAGAAACAAUGCUACUGUAUCGGCCCGGACCUCUUCUACGUUCCUGUCAAGAACAAUUAGCGCCGAUGAACGUGCUAAUCUGCGGACUUCGUUACCUAAUAAUGUGAAACAAACUUAGUUUAUAAGUAUCUAUACAGUGUAUGUUACAGGAAAAGUUAGUAAUAAUUAAACUUGAGGCAGGCAGACGGGGCGGGACGGCGUCUUGCCGCUGGCGAGAAGGCGACUUUGCGUGGAUGCAGUGGCGUAACCUUGACCCUGUAUCAAAAUUAGUUGGGGACCCAAUAGAAGAAUCUAUAGAGGUUAUUUUAUAAUGGGAGCACUAGAUAUAGUGAGGGAUUAAAUUUUACUAAUUUUUACCCAACCAACGAGACAGUCAGAAAAAUGUCGCCUAUAACAAUUUCAAUUAAUUUUUCCACGUCCGAUUUUGCAGUAAAACUCUCUCUGACAUCUGACUUUAAAUAUCGCGCCGGGCGUGACGUGCACCUGUCCCGCUAUCUGUUUGACAGUUAAAAUUAAAAUGAAUUGAAAACAAAGCACGACAGCACUGCACAGCACUUAUUACACAUAAUACACAAAAUUAUAACUGCUCACUGCUCACGUUACAUCAGCGUCGCGUCGCCAUCCCGUCCCAUCUGUUCUGUUGUCUGCCCAAACCUUUAAGCUUUAAGUUGAGCUUUUAAAACGCUGAUUCUUCAGUUGAAAAUUUGUGACGUUUUGUAAAGUAUUCAUUACUGUAGUAGAUCUAUAAUAGUAUUUCUCAUAUUUUUUUCAAUUAUUCAUUUUAUAAGUUAGUAGGUAUUAGGUAUACUGCUUAGCAAGAUGCGCCAGCCGUGUCAAUGUAAAAGGAUAAGCGUUAAUUAAGAUUUACGUACAACAUUAUUAAUUAUUAAUUUUGGCUGCGUCUACUAUAGUAGUUUAUUACUUCUUCUUGUAUAUGAACUUACAUUUGCGUUGCGUCCGAAAAUUAAUUAAAAGACCUCCUUUGUCUAUUUUUGUUAAGUUAAGUUCUUUAUUCAUAAUUUUUCGCAAGUCACUUGUAGUUGUAAGCUUUCACUUGAUUAUGAAUUCAAUUGAGUUUGUACAUUGUCAAUUUGAAUGACUUUAGUAAAUGUUUUUGUUUAUGUAUUACAAAAAGCCUUUAACGGAUUUUGUUAGGAUUGAACACCGUUGAAUUAAGUUUUAGUACUAUUGAUAAAUGUUUUUAUUCCAAAAAGUAGUAUUCUACGAGUAUAUUAUGUUAAUAAUAAUUAAUUAAUUAAUAAUGCAUUCACCGGGGCGUAUAAGUAUAGAAAUAAAAAGGCUUUUUAUUAGUUAAAAAUAUGAGUUGCAUUUGUAUAAGGAUAAUAAUAGUUUUGCAUUUGUAAUGCAGUAAAACUUAGUAGGUAUAUAGUUACGUCAUGUUAUACGACAAAAAACAUACUACAUAUGAGAGUAUUUGAAGAAGAAAAAUAAGUAUAUUUUUCAACUAAUUGCAUAUAAUAAACUUAUUUUACUCCUUUCCGAAAAAUGCCUACAUAAAUUAAAGUCAGUAUUUCUUUAUUUAUUAAGAAAUUUUGUUAAUUUUGAAUCGUCAUGAUACAUUUUUUAUUUUAUUUUAUUUUUUACUUAAAAAGAAUAUUUGCCAUAUUUUUUUAAACAUUACUAAUAUGGCCAUUCCCCUCCAGCUAGUCGGGAAACACUGUGCUAGGAGUGGGUACAACAAUAGACCAACGGGGUGAGGAUCGAACCACUACCCCUCCGUGAUGAGUCCGACCGCUCUUACCGUUGAGCUAUUGAGGCUUUUUAUUGUUUUAAAUAUGUAAAAGUUGGUGAUAAGUACCAAAACUUAGUUGUAAACUUGAAAUUAAAGUUACGAGGGUAUCAAUAGCACCGAGGUACGAGAAGAGUCCAAAAUAAAGUUAACCAGCAUUUAUAUUUUUCAAUAGCCUGAGACAAAUACUAAGUCAUAUAUUCCAAUUGUAUAAGUGCAAUUCGUUCCCAAGAUUUUUAACGUUUAUUAAAACUUACUUAUCUAGUCAUAUACUAUAAUAUAUACUAAGUAUAGUUGGUUCUAAAUUUGCACACAGACGUGGCAUGUAUAAAAGUAGCGUCUUUAGGUAGGUACUUGAACUGAUAUAAUCUUUAUAUCAAUUUCGCGAAAUGCAUUGAGUAUAAUGUCAUAAAUUAGUCAAAAACAAGGAAUCCCGAACUUGCAUGGAGAACUGCAGUCACCUCAAGGAUAUCUCUGCUAAUAAUAAUAUCAGCUCGAUACAUUAGACUAUGAAUCGAUGACGCAGACGAAAUUGCAGAUUUUGUAGCAGUCUCAGUAUUACUUGUCUGUCGGUUUUUUACCGAUUUAAUUUUUUUUUCUCAGUCAGGAGUUGGUGGUGUUACACCCCCGUGUCACGCAGAGUACGAUUAGCAGUCAGUUCAGGUCAUUAUCAAUCAUAAUAUAUGACAGCAUAUUCGUCAAAAAAUUGGCAUUGGAGCAGCAUUCAUCCUCUUAUGAGAAAGGAGGCCUGGCCUUUUGUGCCUUUAAAAUAGACUCAUCAUGAAUAAACAUAAUAUUUGAUCCAUUGGCGUAAACAGUGGCAAAGUACGACAAACAGAAUUGGAGCAGCGUAGGUCUAAGCUUCAAAUUGCUAUCUCGCACUAUAACUAUAGUCAAUAAUAGGUAUAGGGGAAAGCGAUUCGUAGCUUAGAAUGUUAGAACUUAGAGUAAAGUAGGCUGAUAAUAAUGGUAAAAUAAAUUCUACAAAUUAUCGUAUUGGAACUGGACGACAUACUGACGUAAGGAAAAAAAAAUAUCUUGAAGAAUGCGGAGAAAGUUUUCAGUUUUAGUAUUUUAGUUUAAAGUUACAGCCGACAUGACAGAACAGCGAUGCGACGCUGACGUUACUCGUAAACACGUCACUCAGAAUGUCACGCCGAACGCGACGGCACUUUUUGACACGUUCUAUAUAAAUUAUUAUAUUACAACACUCUUACCAUCAGGUGAGACACUGGUCAACCGCAAGCCUAUUCCAUAUAAAAAAAUCGGAAGCACCGAAGUUUGGUUGUCCGAGUGCUAUCAAUAUCACCACAUACACCAAAUAUGAGCAGUGUCAUAAAUUAUCAGCUUAUUUUAACGGCCCACUACAGGACCAGGCAUCCCUCCUUAUAUGGAGCUAAGACCCACUACGCUGCUCCAAUGCGGUUUGGCGUGCUAUGAAGACUACUUACUUGAGCAGUAUGGUCACGAUGUGUGUUACAUAUUAUAUUCAUUCGAGUUAGCUACUGUGUGUAAUUUGUUUAAAUGUAUUAGUGCUUUAAAUAAUUAAUGACAAUUACUAUAAGAAACUACUUUAUAUAACCUAAUAUACACAUUUCGAAAAAAAGUUGUUUUAAUACAGUAUCCUCUUAUUUUUUUCAAUAUGAUACUUUAAUAGGAUGGUUAACUGUUUUGUUACAAGAUUGCUAAUAAUAUUGUACGAAUUUUGAUCUAACUGUUAGGU